AUGCAGGCUGAGAUUAAAAAUAUCCCAUUAAAAUCUGGGUAGUACACCACUUAAUAGAGACUGGGUAGUGGUUCUUUUGGUGAGAUCUAUUUGGUCAUAAGUUAAACAAAUGAAAUAUUGGCUGCUAAAUUAGUAAUUAUAUGAUUUUGAAAAUAUUUAGGAAGAAGCCAAAUCAAAGCAUCCUCAAUUAGUUUUUGAAGCAAAGGUGACCAAAGCAUUAGCAGGAGGAAGUAGUUUUUAUAACAAAUAAAAUUAGUUGGCAUUCCAACAUUGCAUUAUUUUGGAUAAGAGGCAGGAUUGAACGUAAUGAUAAUUGAUUUACUGGGUCCAAAUUUGGAAGACCUUUUUAAUUUGUGUCAAAGGAAAUUUUCAUUAAAAACAGUCAUAAUGUUGGCAGAUCAAAUGAUUCAAAGGGUUGAGUAUAUGCAUUCCAAGAGUUUCAUACAUAGAGAUAUUAAACCAGACAAUUUUCUAAUAGGAUUGGGCAGGAAGUCCAAUACAGUGGUACAUAAUCAAAUUAGUAAAUAGUACAUUCUGGACUUUGGUUUGAGUAAGAAAUAUCGGGAUGCCAAAACUCAUUAACAUAUCCCAUACAGAGAAAAUAAAAAUCUUACAGGAACAGCUAGAUAUGCUAGCAUUAAUGCCCAUCUUGGUAUAGAGUAAUCUAGGAGAGACGAUUUAGAGGCUAUCGGUUACGUGAUGGUAUAUUUACUAAGGAGUUAUUUACCUUGGUAAGGAAUCAAAGCAAAUAACAAAUAAGAAAAAUAUCAUAAGAUUAUGGAAAAGAAAAUGACGACUCCAGUUGAAGUCUUAUGUAAGACCUUGCCAAGUAAAUUCAAAUAUCAUGUUUUUAGUUGAAUUUUCAACGUAUCUUAAUUAUUGUCGAUCAUUAAGAUUUGAAGAUAAACCAGAUUAUAGUUUUCUCAGAAAGAUGUUUAAAGAACUUUUUUAGAAACAUGGAUAUGAUUGGGAUUAUUAAUAUGACUGGUGUUUGGCUAUUAAUGGAUAAAAAACUAAUACAUAUAAUAAUGGUAAAAUCACUAUCCAAGUUAAUGCUAAUUAAUAUGAUGCUGAUGAAAAUCAACCUCCCAUUACUAUUUAAAUUAGUAUAUUCUAUAAUUUAUUUGCUUAGAUGAAAAAGUGUAAGAUAAAUAGGUUGUUGAAUCUAAGAUUAUAGAAAAUAAAUUUUAAAGAGUUUAAAAUCCAGAUAAUGACAUAGAUUAAACUGAAUAAAUUGCAAGAAAUCUAAUGGGAAAUGAAUAAUUUAAUAAGCAACAAGAAUAAAUUAAAAAGAAUCUCUUGGGGGAUAGUGAAAUUAAAUUAUCAAUUCCUAAUAAUACAAGUUAAAAAAAUCAGGCUCCCAUUGAAACAGUAUUCAAUCCAAGGGUUGUUAUUUAAGUAUCUAAUUUAUUAUAUGAUUAAUUAGAAAAAAACUAUUUAUGAAAGAUUGGGAUAAAGUAUGGCUAUUGAUUUUACAGUUGAUAAACUCUUAUAAAAGUUGUAGAAUGAUCCAAAAUUGAAGAGCUUCUUUGUAAAAACAGAUAUGAAGAAGCUUAAUUCUUAGAUGUAGGCUUUCCUUACAAUGCUUUUUGGAGGGUAUAACUAAUAUAUAAGAUAGACCAUCCAAUUAUACGGGAAGGGAUAUGUUAGAGGCACAUAGAGGAUUAGGAAUCGAUGAUACUCAUUUUAAUCUUGUUGUGAAACACUUAAGCGAUACUCUUGUUAAUUUAGCUCUUCCAGAAGAUAUUGUAGCUGAAGUAGUAGAAGUUUGUGAAUCUUUAAGAGAUGAUGUACUUGGGAAAGGAUGAAUAAUAUUAAUUAAAUAAAUUAUUAUUAUUAU